UACAUCUUUAUUAAAGAUGGAUGCAAGAAAAUUCAUAGCAAUUUCCAUUUCAUACAGAAGAUGUAUAUAUAAUAUAAAUGCCUCCACAUGAAUUAGAAGCAGCAAACGCAGUAGUAAUCCUAAGUUAAUUAGCUUUAAUCUCCAUCCAUCCUUCCUUAGCUUGUGUCUUUACCGGCAGGUGUUUCCACCAUGGAAUCCACUUCUGAAACUAAUCAACUGCUCCUUCACUCAUCUUCCUCUUUAUUUCGGCGCUGCUGGCACUGCGAUGUUUUUUUGAGCUUUAGAGGUGAAGACACUCGAAAGUCCUUUACCGAUCAUCUCUUUGCAGCGUUGCGCCGAGUAGGAGUUUAUGCCUUCAAAGAUGCAGAAGAGCUCCAUAAAGGAGAGGACAUCUCCACUGACCUCAUUAAAGCAAUUCAAGAGUCAAUGAUUUCUAUCAUCGUGUUCUCCAAAACUUAUGCCUCCUCGCGGUGGUGUCUUGAGGAGGUUGUGAAGAUAGUGGAAUGUAAAGAAAAAGCAAAUCAGGUGGUUUUUCCCAUAUUCUAUGAUAUUGAUCCUUCUGAAGUGCGCAAACAAACCGGUGGGUUUGGUGACGCCUUAGCUCAACAUCAACAACAAUUUGGGACCAAAAAAGUUAGCCAAUGGAAAACAGCUUUGACUAAGGUUUCAAAUUUUUCUGGUUGGGAUUUACAAAAUGAUGCUGACGGGUAUCUCCCCUUAUAUUAAAAAAUAUAUAUAUUGAAUACUUUUUCUUAGUAUUUUUUAGUUGUCU